AAAAAAAAAAAAAAAAAAAGUCAUGUGGCCCUAGCUGCCAAAAAUGUAAGAUACAUACACCCUUUGAACCAGAGGUUUGCUUCUACAAACCAUCAAUGACCAACACUCAUCAUAUUUACUCAGGCAAAAUGCCAAGAUUUCUAUCCUGGACUUCCUGGAAACUGAAAAACUCUGAAACUGUCAGUGGAAGUUGAUUUCGAAAUACAGUAUCUAGAAAGAUCUACCAACCGUCCUGCUCACUCUGCUGUUCAGUUUCAGAACAGUAGUGGCUCAGGUCAGGGGUUGGCAGCCAGCCCACUUUUAUUAACAGUCACUAGCCACGCUGAAAAGGCCAGGGCUGACGAGAAGGGCUGUAAGUGUGAACUACAGAACUGUACACGGGACCACAGUUCUGGGUCAGAAGCUGCCUUUUGCUCCAGACCACUGGCAUGGAUUGAACUCUCAGGCAGUGCCCUGGCCUCCAGUUCCACGGCCCAGGUCUUCCCACUGUGGAGGCCAGCUUCACUGGGAACGUUUGGCUGUGGUGGCGAGAGUGGAGUUAUAUCCUGGGCUGGGGCUUCCUGGGCUACAAACACACAGUUGCACGAGCCUCUGUUUUAGCAGUGUGGAUCCCGCUGGGCUGGUGUGGCUCAGGCCACUACCCAGUUCAGAUUUUACAACAGGAGGAGAGGGAAGCAGCAGUCCCCGGUACACAUGGCCAGGCUGGUAGCCAAGCCUCUUCCUUUCCUCUGGUUCUCAGACACAGAACCCUCUAAGGCACUGACCUGGGAACUAAGCAGGUGGUAAUGUCUACCAGGCCACAAGUCACUGUGGUGAGAGAGUGACAGAGCGGUCACCAUGGUGACGGGAGUAGAAGCCUUUGGCCAUCAGUCCCAGUUUUCUGCAUGGUAGCUCUAAUGACAGAAUGGUCGCCAUAGAAACCACAGGCCCUCUCAGGAGCACAGAGGCCCUGGCAGGAGAAAUCUACUCCACACCUGGUAGGCACUGACUGUGACUGAGCCCAGAGAAGAAAGCUGGGCGUGAGGGACACGGUUACCUGUUGCCUCCUUACUCAAAAGCCAUCCCCAAGCCUCUGAAGGGAAAGACCUUUUCUGCUGAGUCUGUCUAGAGGCCACCAAGCCCUCACAGCUCAGCAUAACUGGAAGCAAGUCAGUCAACACUGGGGACAGUUCCCUGGAACCCCAUGGCUCCUCCUGGAGAACGCUGGGCCUGAGGAGGCCUUGGUGGGAGGCAUCCAAAAGCGAACAAUGAAAAGAAGGAAGCUGUGACUUCAACCAGCUGAGGUGGACUGCAUUCUCUGAGGCCUGGUGCUGGCUGUGACUCUGCGGGAAAACCUGGGCUAUUUCUGCUCUGGAAAUCUGGUGGGGAACACUGAAGGGUCCCAGCUCACCCGGGCUGGCAGCUGCUCAGAUGCCGGAUGAUCGAACCAGGAUGGAGGCCGCCAAGAAGGAAAAGGUAGAGCAGAUCCUGGCAGAGUUCCAGCUGCGCGAGGAAGACCUGAAGAAGGUGAUGAGGCGGAUGCAGGAGGAGAUGGACCGUGGCCUGAGGCUGGAGACCCACGAGGAGGCCAGUGUAAAGAUGCUGCCCACCUACGUGCGUUCCACCCCAGAAGGCUCAGAAGUUGGAGACUUUCUCUCCUUAGACCUGGGAGGAACCAACUUCAGGGUCAUGCUAGUGAAGGUGGGCGAGGGGGACGCCGGGCAGUGGAGUGUGAAGACCGAGCACCAGAUGUACUCCAUCCCCGAGGACGCCAUGACGGGCACCGCAGAGAUGCUCUUUGACUACAUCUCCGAGUGCAUCUCCGACUUCCUGGAUAAGCACCAGAUGAAGCACAAGAAACUGCCCCUGGGCUUCACCUUCUCCUUCCCUGUAAGGCAUGAAGACAUAGACAAGGGCAUCCUCCUCAACUGGACCAAGGGCUUCAAGGCCUCUGGAGCAGAAGGGAACAACGUGGUGGGACUUCUCCGAGAUGCUAUCAAGAGGAGAGGGGACUUUGAGAUGGACGUGGUGGCCAUGGUGAACGACACAGUGGCCACGAUGAUCUCUUGCUACUACGAAGACCGCCAAUGCGAGGUCGGCAUGAUUGUGGGCACCGGCUGCAACGCCUGCUACAUGGAGGAGAUGCAGAACGUGGAGCUGGUAGAAGGGGAUGAGGGACGCAUGUGUGUCAACACCGAGUGGGGCGCCUUCGGGGACUCAGGCGAGCUGGAUGAGUUCCUGCUGGAGUAUGACCGGAUGGUGGAUGAAAGCUCAGCGAACCCCGGUCAGCAACUGUAUGAAAAGCUCAUUGGCGGAAAGUACAUGGGCGAGCUGGUACGGCUUGUGCUGCUCAAGCUGGUGGAUGAGAAUCUUCUGUUCCACGGAGAAGCCUCGGAGCAGCUGCGCACGCGUGGCGCCUUUGAGACCCGUUUUGUGUCGCAGGUGGAGAGCGACGCAGGCGAUCGCAAGCAGAUCCACAACAUCCUGAGCACUCUGGGGCUUCGGCCCUCGGUCACCGACUGCGACAUUGUACGCCGUGCCUGUGAGAGCGUGUCCACGCGUGCCGCGCACAUGUGCUCAGCGGGACUAGCGGGGGUCAUAAAUCGCAUGCGCGAAAGCCGCAGCGAGGACGUGAUGCGCAUCACGGUGGGCGUGGAUGGCUCCGUGUACAAGUUGCACCCUAGUUUCAAGGAGCGGUUCCACGCCAGUGUGCGCAGGCUGACACCCAGCUGCGAAAUCACCUUCAUUGAAUCAGAGGAGGGCAGCGGCAGGGGAGCAGCGCUGGUCUCUGCGGUGGCCUGCAAGAAGGCCUGCAUGCUGGGCCAGUGAAAUGGAGGCCACAAGGACAGGGACUUGGGCUCCAUGGGGACUCCACACCCCACAGGUGCUCCCAGCCCAUCAGGGCAGGAGAUCGAUUCUGCUGCUACCCCCUGGAAAUGGGGAGAGGCCCCAGCAAGCCGAGCAGUCAGUGGGACAGCCCCGGGGCUCUCAGCCUGGGGCAGGGGGCUGGGAGGAGGAAGAGGAUCAGAGGCACCAAAGCCUUCCUGCCAGGAUGGACUACAGAGAAGGCGCUGCACACUCAGGACUUACAUUUCCACUCUUCUUGCCUCUUGCAGCUGUGGGUCGGGCCUCCCGAGGGAGUGUGGACCUUGGGAUGGUCUGGCUCCCCUGGGAACGCACCUUGCCUGGGGAAAUAGCUCCAGCCGCUUGGCCAGACCAGACCUGGGCUCCCAGAAGAGCAAGGGCUGCUGGUCACCCAAGCCUGGCUGUUUUCUUGCCUGUAACAGAAGAGGCUGGGGAGCUAUAGGAGACUGACUGUCCAGCCACAUGGAGGGGACUUUCCAGGCCACAGACACCCAGAGAGACUUUCCUUUAUAUACCUCUACCCCUGAGUGACUUAUGGUUCUGGGAUGAGCCCUCCCAGGAGACACCAGAGAAUAGUGCCCAAAUACCAUGCUGCCUCUCUAUACCAACCUGGGACUGUGGGGGAGUUUUUAAUUAAAUAUUUAAAAAUACUUAAA